GGGGCGUUGUCACGAAUCUGGAAGUGGCGGUUGUUUCAGUAUGGCGGCGGGUGCUGAAGGCGUUAAUGGCAAUGGAAUUUACUGGAUUCGUGACAAAUCAGACGAGGAGCAGUCCAUGGUUCUUGUUGCUGGGAUGAACAGGAGCACAGCUCUGAAGUUUGGUUCAGCAAAUAAUACAGAAGGAAAGAUUAAAAGGAAAUCUGGCAGUUUGGAUAAAAGUGUAAAGAAACCAGGUCCACGUUUGCCUUUGCAAAAUUCUGAGACAGCCCUAGGAAACGCUUUGGUUCAGAGGUCUUUCUUUAAUGAAGACAAAUCCAAAACCUUUACCUUUGCACAAGAACCAGCACUGGCUCCUCUUCUCACUUCUGGCCAGGUGCUUUCCAGCAUUGCUCAAACCACACGUAAACCAUCUCUGAAGGACCUUUGCCCAGAGGACAAGCGUCGGAUUGCCAAUCUUAUCCAGGAGCUGGCCAGAGUGAGUGAAGAGAAGGAGGAGUCUGUGCAGAAGCUCAAGGAUGAACAGGAGACCUUUGAGAAACAAAUCCAUCAGCUGGAGCAACAAAACCAACUCAUUAUACAAGAGAGAGAAAGCCUGCAGCAGCAGUACAGAGAGUGUCAGGAGCUGCUGGGACUCUAUCAACAGCACCUCUCCCAACAGCAAGAGAAACUCAACAGGUCCAUCACCCUACUCAAUCAGUCCUGCUCCCACAGCACGGUUCCAAGCAGCGAGGCGGGGCCCAGGAGACCUUGGUGUGGGGGACGGAGAGGGACCGCUUUAGAUGGCUCGUACUUGGACUUACCUUCUUCAGGAAAAGAUAGAGGCGGUUCAGCAGAAGGUGCUCGCUCAUCCUCAUCUGAAACUUUUAAUAGACCCACCUGCAGCGCCGAGCAGAACUGUGAAGUUCACCCCAGAUGCACCCAUCAUGAAUGCUCAGAUGUUGGAGGCAGAUUCUCCAACAGGAGGCCUUUAACUUGUGAUGGCUCGAGGCUGUGUGGUGAUCCCGAACCCAGGUUCUCUUAUCAGCAGCAACGCGCGGAGAACGGCAGCUUGAGCGGGGCGAUCAUACUCGAUCGAGCGACCCCUUCACGUCAGGAGAAUUGGGAGGAGAAACGUCAUUGUCUGCUUCUGCAGAAGAAACAGCUGGAGGUGGAGAGAGAGAGAAUUCAAGCCAGGCUGGCUCUACAGGAAGAGAAACUUUUGCUACAGAACCAACAGCUCCGACAGUCUUACCUUCACUACAGCAGGCUUCAGCAAGCAACAGGUUCAGAGAAACUUCAAAACGGUACCAGCGAUAUGAAUGAGGGUCCACAGUCGAGUUUUAAAGUGGACAGAGGAGCACACAGCGGUGAAAAGGGAGAGGGCGAGUCACAGACUCUGCAGGGAAGUGUUCCACAGCCUUUAAGUAAUAACCGGUCACAAGAGCUCGCCGAGAAUAUAAAGCAACCUGCACACAAGCCCUCUCAUGAGAUGUCCAUUAGCAGGAAGGAUAUGGCCACCUCACCUGUGGUUCCCGAAUGCGUCCGGACAUCUGCUCUUCCCACAAUUCCUCCUCUGGAUCUUCCCAGCACUCCACACGUCUCAAGGUUGGACGAUUCUUUGAUGGAGCUGUUAGACAUAUUCAGCCCCGAAUCCAACCAAGAGAGGUACAGAAUCAACCCCUCAUCCCAGAAGAGUUUCAUCACACCUUCACGUCUCCAGAGGAGCCUUCUGUCACCUCUCGGCUCCAGCCGGCCUUCACUGCUCGACCCGGAGGAGAGUCAGAUUUUAGAAGACAUCUUUUUCAUCUGCUGAAGGGUGUCGCCGAUUCGCUGUAAUUGUUGGUUUACUGAUGUGAACGAUUUUUAAGUCAUAUGGUCUUAAUGCUUUUGUCACUUGUUGGUCUUAAAACUCAUAUUGCCUUUUUAAACGGUUUCAUUUUUACUCUGAAGAAAUGUGUUUUGUAAUGUUACUUUUGCCUUAAUAAAAUGUAUUUAUUAAUAAGUGGUGGUGUUUAUUCAGGCAGAUGGCCCUGAUUACAUUCACUGACUUGUCCAAGAUCUGACCUGGCCAUGUGUACGUUUCAACGUUCUCAAGAACACUUGAGGUGGUCUGUAAUGCUUUUAUUGUAUGCUAAAUUUCUGUCCUGUCUCUUUAGAGAAAUGGCAUUUCCAUAUCAUGUUGAUUCUUUAUGAUUUUUCUAUAUCAUGAGAAGAGAUUUGCUAACGUACUUCAAAGAUCCUUUAGGAAAUGUAUUGCAUUAUUCCAGUGCAAAAGACUUUCUAUUAUUGUAUUUUAUUUUUCUACAGUGUGUUUUUGCUAACUGUGUUUGGCAAAUGUUAUUAGAACAUAUAGUCAUACUUAUAAUGGACGGAUUUGGGUUUAACAAUAACUGCCUGUGUUAUCAUUAGCGUCUUGGAACCCAAGCGUGAACUUUAAUGUCAAUCUCAAUGGACUCAAAUGGGCUCUGAAGUGACUAGUGAAUGGAUUUUCUGAACCCAGAAUACUCCACAAAAUGAGCUCUCUGCGUAUAUAAAAAAGUCAUAUACCUUUCCACAGAUACGUAUAGUAAUUCUUCUCUCAUUCUGGGCAAGAAUCAGACCUGUGCCCUAAGUGUAUCUCCCACGUUCCUGUGCCCCUGCCUUUUCGAUACAAACAGUAUGCUUUGAUAUUUCAUACAUCAGACUAGAUCAGGGAGCGUCAGUAUACUGUAUACGAUGGGAUUCAGCCAAACAUUGCUCCAGGGCGAUUGGUCUAAUUUGAUCAGUAGCAUUGUAAAGGAAGUUUCGGGGGAGCGCAUCUCUUGUGUGUGCG